GCAACUUACCAGCAUCGUCGUCGCCAAGAAGGAACGUUGGAGACCGAAGUGCAGGCGUGCUAUGUCCAUCCGAAUUUGGAUUCAGGUGGAAUCAUUGUCCAAGGGGCGCUUCGAAUCGAAGGUGAGUUGGUGCUGAAACGCUUCGCGGCUAGGAACGUGCGAGCCAUUACGCCUAUUGCAUGGAAUCCUGAGCUUGGUGAUCAGUUGUUUGUGCCAUUGAUGAACGAGACUCAAGUUGUCCCUGACCCGGCUCGACUGCGUGCGAGUGCAGAGGUGUUUGAACCGCGUGAUGAUGGAGACGCUGUGGUGGAAUAUCCAGAUGGUGCACCAGGUUGGCUAGUGCGUGAGAUGAAAGAACCUGAGCCCAAUGUCUACCCUCCAGAACAUGGCCAAGCUGUGCAGUUGAAGGACAUUCCAGUGUUUCCUCAACCUGCGGAUUCAGGCCUUCACAUGGUGUUGACCUUAGCGGCGCACAGAUCGAUGCGUUUGAAGGCUCUUGACGUGAGUCAUGCGUUCAUGCAUAGCCCGUUGCCGGAAGGAUUGAUCAUCAUCCUGAAGAUGCCGCAGUCAGUCUCUUUGACCGAUGGAACGCAAGCGUAUAUGAUCUUGAACAGAGCGUUGAAUGGCCUCAGGGAUGCUUCAUUGCAUUGGCUCAACUUGUUGGCUGACAGCAUUAAAAGGGUCGGAUUGACGUCGGACAUUGUGGAACCAUGCAUCUAUCAAGGGGUCAUUGAUGGACAGGCAGCGUUGUUGGUUGCAUACGUCGACGAUCUGCUCUUGUGUAGCCAGUCUGAACAGGUUGAGCGAAAGGUCAUGAAGGCGAUCGGCGCCAAGGUUCCGCUGAAAGAGACAGGCUUGAUACUUCCUGCGGCUGAAGGUGGUGGAUCGGUGACUUUCAUUGGACGCAUCAUCUCUAGAGGAGUUGAAGAUGAUUCGUUGACUUUGGGAGUGAACCCACACUACUUGGACACUACCUUUGCGGAGUUCAAUGUACAGAAAGGUGGUCUGGUACGCACUGUUGCAAGGCAACAGCAGGCGGUCUCUCUUUCAAGCUGUGAGGCAGAGUUGUACGCAAUACAGACGAUAGCUCAAGAGGCAGUGGCGUUCAGCAAGUUCUGUCAGCGUGUGUAUGUAGGAUUGCAAGAGCUGGACGUGAGAGAAGUCCCGAAAUUGCUUUUGGAGUCGGAUUCGGCUUCAGCAUUGCAACUGCUUUCGGGUCAAGACAUGCCAAAACGGAGCAGACACGUAGAGAUCCGAGUGGAGUGGCUCAAGGCCAAGGUGCAUGGUGGCGAACUGUCCAUAGAGCAUCGUCCAGGAGUUGAGAACGUUGCCGAUCUCUUUACCAAAUGUCUACCGACCAAGGACUAUGUGAAACACCGCACUACCCUUGGGUUUGAGAUAGAUGAGGAACAAGUGAUGCUGGAUUUACUGUUGAAGAAAGCAGGUUCUGACGGCAAGCUUGGAUCUUUGUCGGCGGCUCUUGGUGGCUAUCUGAAAGGGAGUAUGCCUGUGUCAGUGGUGCAGAAAGUUCCUGAGGCACCACCACCCAAGAGUGGGCAAUCCAGUGCAAAGGGAAGUCAGAGUGCUGCCGGGAAUGAAGGCAGAAUGGGUGGACUGGAAAAUGGCAAGCGGUACAAGGCCUUUUCAGAGGGAGGCUAUGCUUGGUUGGAGUCAGAGGAGACGCCUGGUGCCAUGACUGAUGCCAGCAAAAGGGGAGUUGAGGCUUUGGCUCAUGACAUCCCCAUUGAAGACAACCAAACUGACAGUGAGAUUGAGGUCAUCCCCGCUUAUGAUAUUGAGUAUGGCAAGGUGGACAGGAGUGUGAGCUUGCCUGUGAAGGUGGACAGUUAUGAAGCAUGGGGACAAACCAUCCUCAAGACGGACAAGUUCAAAGGGUCGCAUCUCACUUAUCAUCAGUUGGUGUUGCGGGCAAUCAACAAGAGGGAUGGUGAAGAUUUCAAGUACUGCAAAUGGGUGUACAACCGAUAUUACAAGCAGUACAAUGGUCAGCCGAGGUCGCAAUGCCCAGACUUGGCAGGGUAUCUGCAGGCAGUGCGUUUUCCUGAGCUCAUUACUGGUCCUGAGACAUUCAAGCGAGAGAUGGCCGGAGCGCCAUCAAAGAGCCGAUACUGGGGCUUUCAAAACUAUGAUGGACUUGGCAAGUUUG